AUGGGUCGAACCCGGCGAAAACAGGCAGACCCCGUGUCAGAUCAAGACGAGUUCACCAUUGACGAGCUCAAUGCUGUCUCAGACUCGAGCAUUAUAGACAAUGAUGCUCUUGCCGAUGAUACCUCCAACUCACACAACUCAGACAGCAUAGAAAUUACUUUUGUGCUUCCAACCGUCACCGACUUCACGUCACGCGACGAGUUUAUGCAGAUUGUCAAAUCUGCUCAGCUUGCUCUCGGCGACGCCUCCAAGGAAAUACGCGAAUUGAAGAUUCAGAAUACCAAGUUACAGCACGAGAUCAAGACUCUCAAGUCACGCAAAUCUGGCAAAGGCAGCGGCAGCAGCAAAGCCAAGGCCUCUGAAGAUGACGAAAUUGGACGCUGGGCUCGCCAUUUCCUCUACAUGGACGAGCUCAUUGUUGACCCCGCAGCCUUUCUCAAACCCGACCCCGAUAUCGAUCCAUCCGACCCCAACCGCUACCAUUCCGCUUCCUCAAAGGUCCGGGGUCAGACUGCUGAGCUCUAUGAGCGAAUCCCUGAUGAAUUACAUAUCAAAAUUGAGCGCUCACCCCAUUUUCGUGAUACUUUUAUUGACGUGAUGACUGUCCACCGCCGAACCAUAUGGUCGAAUUUCCGAAGAGCUGCUCCACGUAUCUUCGCCUUUCUCAACCCUCCUCCCGGAAUCUACAACGCUUCAAAGCGAGGAAAAGAUCGUGCUACUACCUUUUCCCUCUUCAUUUCCUUUCCCAAUGCAGCCAAAUCGUCAGUUUACCGCCCGUGCAUGUUUGAAUGCCAAACGAAAGACUUUUCCGUUAUCUUCAAGUGCAUCUGGCUUGUCGAGUUCAUCCGUAGCCUCCUUUUUGGUCCGACAUCUCUGUCUGGUCCCGACGGAGAGGUGCAGCCAUUGGCAAACAACAGCAGUGGCAGGAUUUGGAGGAUUGAGCGAGUCACUCCUGGUGUGAUUGCUCUAGCUGUGGUGGCGACAGUUUUUAUUCAUUCACCCGACGAGUCUUGGGACACCGUCGGGCCCCAAUCUGGCAUCAACUAUGAAGAACUGUACAACUUCUGUAAACGGUUUAUUCUCGAGGCGUUGAAGAAACCCCAAAGCGCCCAGCAGAUGCUUGACCUCUUUGAUUGGUAUAACGAGCGUGUUUUUGCUGAUGGGAGUGAGGAGAAGAGCGACAACGGUGAUGAAUUGUCCGAGGCGUUGCAGGCGAUGAAUUUGAACGAGAACGAGAUGUUAGCUCUGCCAACUGAUGGGCCUCAAGAUAUUGGACUCACCGAUGGGGUUGUCGUUCAACAGACCGUGCCUGACCAGCUUCAGCCCACCGACUUCGACCCAGUAUCCUCCUCUCCUGUCCCAGUCAGCCCCAAGACGACCUCCAUUCAGGGCAUCGACGUGCAACCUGGCCCCCAUCGCGAUGUGUCUGGGACAAGUAUGGAAGAUGACUACAUUGCUCCUGCAGCAGUCCUGGAGCCAGUCGCAGUCGAGGAAGCACCAGCAAGAGGCGGAAAGGCCAGUCGACGUGGGCGAGGCGGACGAGGCGGAGGCCAGAAUCGUAAUAGCGUCGAUGCAACCGUUGCGCCAACUCGAAACUUGCGAAAGCGGGCGGCAGGUUCAUGA